AUGCUGAGAGACGGUCUUACAUCACUAAUGAAGCUACCAUCGCUGCUUCUUUUACUGGCUGCUUAUAGCUUAAGUGUCGAUCCUGCAAACAAAAGUGGCUCUUGUCGCAACCACGAUGGCGACCCGAUUUGCUGUACCGGACGAACAAAUUGCAGAGGUGUCAUACCUGUCACUCAAGUUUCGUAUAGUUACACUCCACGGGGCUAUAGAUUAGCAAAUUCCAGACGAUCCCUUCAAAAUGCAGCAAAAUGCUUUUGCGACGACUACUGUUUACGAACUAACGACUGUUGCUGGGACUACAGAGAUGUCUGUGCUAAGCCCAUUAACUGCGAUGUGAGCGCUUGGAGUCGCUGGUCUCCUUGCAACCGCCUUUGUGGAAAAGGUAACCAGACUCGAACUCGAAGCAUUACAAGAGAGGCAGCCAACGGUGGCGACCAGUGUCCACUGCUCAUGGAAUCGCGAACCUGCAGUGGAUAUAUCUGCAGUCGAAGGCGCGUUGGAAGGUCGGAAUACAACUCCUAUCGCCAUAUGGAACUACCUUCAGAGAAGAUCAAGCAGUUUGACAUGCGUUGGGACAUUCGCCGGAAGCUCUACUAUGGGCGUUUGAUUCAACAGAAUAAAACAGAUAUACCGGACCCAGAGCCGUAA